GCCUUUGGACACGAGCUGGAAGCGCCGCCACGAAUCUGUGGGAGCAAGCAAGGAAAAGCAGAGUCGGAUCCAGCCCUACUCGUGUGCUUUGACGCUCUAUACCCCUCGUCUUCUUGUUGUCUCGUUCUACUCCCCCACCUAAUAGCUCUUGUUUAUUGUCCAUCCACGCGCGUCAGCCACCAGACCUCUCCUCUACCGACCAUGAAGACGGCUAAACCUCCGGCGGCCGAGGCACCCUCGGGGCCAUCUGGCUCGAAUCGCAGAGCGCAGCCCGUACGACAGACGCGAAUCAACCCGCCGCGAACCUCGUCCCUCAAUCGAACCAACUCGUUCCCCAACGGCCCAGCCCCAGAGCAGCCCAUCGACAUCUUCCCCGCCGUCACCCACUUCACCGAUGCCAUUACCGCCCUACCAAAAGAGCUUGUGCGGCACUUCACCCUCCUCAAGGAGGUCGAUGCCAAGAUCUUUGCUCCUGAAGCUACCCUCUUCGAGCUCGUCGAUGCUGCUCUCAAGGCUCCCGUGCCAGACCGCACCCGAUCGGUCACCGAUGGCAAUAGCAGUGUUGCGCCAGCUUCAACACCCAUGAGUGCCCAGAACAGCACCAGCGGGCGGGUGGCCGCGAACGCGAACCCCGCCACAGUACCGCCAUCGAUCACCGACUCGGCUCAUGCCGCCGUCUUCGACCCUACCAAUCUACCGCGUCGGCACCUAUUUAGACAGGCCGCCUGGAAAAUACAAGAAAUGCUUGUUUCGCUCGAAGAAAAGAACCACGUCAUAUCCACCGCGAACGACGCCCUCAACAAGCAGCUGUCGCGCAUUGAGGAGAUUUGGCCACACCUGGAAAAUGAAUUCAGCGACGAGGCCAAAUGGGGCAGCACUACACAUUGGGCAUACGCUGAGAACCGGGUUCCCAAGACCAACCACAAGGAAGCGGAGCGAUCACGACGCGAAGGCGCGGCUACUCUUUCUGCCGCUGCACAACAGAUAGCUGAAGAAGCCGCUGCGCGCAGUAGCGACAGGAAACAGGCGUUGGCAGCGAAAAAGAACAACAAAGGACAGGCCACUGAACCAGAGGCAGAUCCAAAAGCACAGGAAACCACCAAGAAGGGCCCAGGGACCGGCAAAUCCAGAAAACACCAGGCCGAGGCCACCCCCGUCGGACUCGGAAUCGCCAAUGGCACCCCGAAUAAUGGAACCGGACCAUCCAAGAGACGAAAGGUUGAAAAGGAACCCAAGGCCAACGGAAGUGCCGCCAUGGAGCGUGCCAUGAGCAGCGUCUUCGGUAACGGAACGGCAAAAUCCAAGACAACGGCGAGUCCCCGGGGAUCCCCAGCGCCCGAUGGAGCCACCCCAACUGGACCUACUACGAAGAAGCGCAAGGCGCUCCCGUCGGGAAGCACCCAGGCCAAAAAAAGCAGGACAAAUGCCGCCAAUUCACCGUCGGUGGCGGCAUCUCCCCUUCUAGGGUCUCUUCCUGAUACCAAGGCCGGGCGCAACUCUCCAGUGCCCCUUCCUCCUCGUCCAGCUUCGUCGCGCGCACGUCAGAACUCGACCGCAUCUACCACCCUCCCUAUACAGCAACGACCUGCGACUGCCGCUACAAACAAGCCCAAUGGCAUCACGCCAGCAGUGGUGGAAGCUGUGCCACAGAGCAAGUUAACUUCAGAUGCGAAGGCACCAAAGGAAGCCGAUCCACCUGCUCCUACACCUGCCAAGAGCGAGGCUGCGAAGCCAGAGACAGAGAUCAAGCCUCCUGUCCCACCAGAGCCGGUAGCCAAUGCUAGCACAACCAAGAAAGAAAAUAGCAAGGCGGUGACUGCCCCCGCCGAAGAGCCGGAAACUAAGAAAAGAACGAAUUCGAUAGUGUCACAGACAGCGAUACUACCUCCGCCAAUAAGUACUACUAUCACAACCACCAAGAGCGGUCGCGCGAGCAAGCCGUCAACACCAGCGACAGGGACCUUUGCGGAGGCUGUCAAUGCAACCACAACGACUGCGAGGUCACGGCCAUCAAGGAAUAACACCAAUCAAUCGGACAAAGAUAGCAACAGCACUAGUGGAAAGGAUACCUUUGGUAAUAGCACCACCAGCACGACGUCAGGAACAACGAUAUCGAAGCGGAGCCACAAGAAGGGUGCGUCGUCGGUAUCGGCCGUGGCCGUCUCCGCUGCCCUACAAGAUGAGAAGCCAGGCAAGUCGGCCGCGGCUUCGGAUGACAAGAAGGACGCCAGCGAUGAGAACAACGGCCGGCCCACCACCAGCGGCCGAGGGAAGAGUGGUGCCGCCCAUCGCGACAGCAAAGCUGAAAGAGCCUCAGAAAGAGACCGAGGCGGUGAGCGCGACACGAAGACGGAAACUAACCACGGCCAUGGUCACGGAAGGAGAGGUACCGCUACCGCAGCUGCUGCCAGGGCUCAACAACAGCAACCCCAGCAUCAACAACGGCAGGAGGAAGAGGACGAUGAUGACGAUGAUGAUGUCGACGCUGACGAGCAGAGGUACUGCUUUUGCAACGGAAUCAGCUAUGGAGAAAUGGUGGCGUGCGACGGGGACGGGUGUCCGAGGGAGUGGUUCCAUUUGGAGUGUGUUGGGUUGAAGGUGGCUCCCAAGGGGAAUGCGAAAUGGUAUUGCGAGGAUUGCAAGAAGAGGUUACGCGCUUCGGGGAGGUGAAGAGCCUCGCGGGCACAGCCACCUUGUUCUAGUUGGCGGCGAGCGGUGUCCAUCCAGGGGCAUAUUUCUUGCGAAAGUACGAAGGAGAAAACUCAGAAAUGAUUACAGUACAUGACUUAAUCGGGCGAGAUCCCGCACGAACAGGGAUGGUGAAUAAAAUGGCGUCGAUGGAUAUCAUGAGCGAACGGGCGGACGGACGAACGGCAUGUUUGGAUCGUAGCUUUUGUUGUGCUG